UAAAACUUGGGAACUAUUAAUUUCAGGGAGUCUGAUGUUUGCAGAGAAGGAAAUUCAGACAGUGCCAGAACCAGUUCGGAGUCUGAUGUUUGCAGAGAAGGAAAUUCAGACAGUGUCAGAACCAGUUCGGAGUCUGAUGUUUGCAGAGAAGGAAAUUCAGACAGUGUCAGAACCAGUUCGGAGUCAAAUGUUUGCAGAGAAGGAAAUUCAGACAGAGCCAGAACCAGUUCGGAGUCUGAUGUUUGCAGAGAAGGAAAUUCAGACAGAGCCAGAACCAGUUCGGAGUCAAAUGUUUGCAGAGAAGGAAAUUCAGACAGAGCCAGAACCAGUUCGGAGUCAAAUGUUUGCAGAGAAGGAAAUUCAGACAGAGCCAGAACCAGUUC